UCUCCCCACCAAAAUCAUCCCGUUAGUUAGAGGAGAGUUCAGAGAAUUGAGAGAAGCUGUCCGGAGAGCUUCCCGUCGCCGGAGCAAGCCGUGGUGUUCGCCGGAAGUUUCACCGUUUUUCCGCCGGAAUCAUCGUUUCACUCCGAAGUAAACAAAAAGAAUGAUGUGAUGGAAUCCUGGCGGAAGACGGAGCGAGAUGGUCAAAGUGGAUGUGUAAAAUGAAUUAAAGUUUAAAAAGACAUAAUAUUAUUAUGUUUUGUAAUUGUUAUUUAUUCAGCUUCCGCAACAUUAACUACUCUGUUAUUAUUCUCAAUACUUUAUUAUGAAAUAAAAAUGAAAAACAGGAAAAUCUGCCCUAAUUUCGUAUUUCACCAUUGUUCUUCCUGUGGUCACCCAUUUCUCUCCCAGAAAAGGAAGAUAAAUUGCUCCCAUUCCCUCGAUUAAACCUUCGUAUAACGAAUUGCAUUUGCCAGAUUGUGUAAAAAUCGCAUCAAAAACCCUAAUUCACGCGUUCCAUCCCCAAUGUUAAACCGCGCAAAUCUUCGAGCAUGAAGCGGAUGUUGAAAUUCUCAUACCAAGAUUUGUUCUUCCACAAAUUCUCUGCAAUUCCUGCAAAACCCUCUGCUGUUUCAUCGAUUUCCGGGACCGCCGCGCUAUUGUUUUCUUCUUCUUCUUCUUCCUCGCCGUCAUCGUCUUCCCAACACGUGUGGCCUAGCAUCGCUGGUCUGUUCGCGGGCAACUGGAGCCAUGGCGAUUCGUUACUCAUGGAUGAUCUGAGAGAUGAGAUCUCCCAGUUGCGGGAUGAGCUGGUGGUGCACGGCGGCGAUGUUGAGAAGUUCCAUAAGGUCUUGGAAGAGAAAGGGAAUCCCUUGUUCCGAAAGUACCCCAAUGGUUCUGCUACUGUUGAGCUCAUGAGACAGCUCGCUUCGUCGUCCCCUCAGCUAGCCAUCCAGGUUUUCAAUUGGAGAAGAGAAAUAGACUAUGUAACUCCUCUAGCAGCAGAGGAGUAUUCCAAGGGAAUUUGUACGGCGGGUAGGAUGAAAGAUGUUGAUCUUGCUGCACAUAUCUUCAGCGAAGCUGCCGAAAAGCAAGUCAAGACAACUUCUAUGUACAAUGCACUGAUGAGUGCAUAUAUGUAUAAUGGGCUGGCUGUGAAAUGCCAAUCUGUAUUUGAGGACAUGAAGAAGGAGGGAACGUGUUGUCCGACAAUAGUAACAUAUAACAUUCUUAUUUCUGUAUUCGGGCGUUUAUUGCUGGUGGAUCACAUGGAAGAAACCUUUCGCAAGGUUAAAGAUUUAAACAUAUCACCUAAUGCGGCUACGUACAACUAUCUAAUUGCUGGGUAUCUUACCUCUUGGAAGUGGGAUUACAUGGAGAAGACUUACAGAAUCAUGCAAGAAAGCAUCACAAAGCCGAACCUAACUACAUAUUUAUUGAUCAUUAGGGGAUAUGCCCAUGCAGGUAGUUUGGAAAAGAUGGAGGAGGCUUAUAGGCUGGUCAAAGAUCACGUUGAUCACAAUGAAAUCCCAUUGAUCAGGACAAUGAUUUUGGCUUACUGCAAAAGUUCUGUUAUGAAUCGAGUUUCAAAGGUCAAGGAAUUGCUGAAGUUGAUUCCGGAAAAUGACUACCGUCCUUGGUUGAAUAUCAAGCUGAUACUUUUAUACGCACAAGAAAAUCUGAUAGAAGAGAUGGACACCUCAAUCAAUGAGGCAUUUGAGCACAACACCUCCAUAAUAACAAACAGUGUGAUGAAAAGGAUUGUCACGUGUUACUACCGGAACAGUGCAAUGGACAAGCUCUCUAAUUUUGUGAAACGUGCCGAGUGUUGUGGCUGGAAAAUUUGCAGGUCUCUCUACCACUGUAAGAUGGUUAUGUAUUCUUCAAACAGGAGGCUUGUAGAGAUGGAAAAUGUUCUCGGCGAGAUGGAGAAAGUGAACCUUGACAAGACAAAGAAAACAUUGUGGAUAAUGUAUAAAGCGUACUCAAGAUGGGGCGAAAAGAGUAAACUUGAGCAAGUUCUAGGGCUGAUGUGCAAAUAUGGGUGCGUCCCAUGUCUGCAUGAAGUUCAGACUGGCGUGCGGUGAUAACUUAUAAUUCAGUGCGAACCCGAAGUGUUACUAAGUUGAGACUAUCUCUCUAUGUGCAAAACAUCCACACUUCAAAGUAAGUCAUUUUUACCUCAUCUUUAGGUGUGUAUAUACAGUCUUUAGGCAUUGUUGCUCAAAGUAUGGUUUUAUUUCCUACCAAGAUGUAUUUGGAUAUAUUCAUGUUUUUUAUACUACAUAUCAAGAAAAGGUUUAAUAAAACUUUAUUUGUUGU